AUACCAACACUCUCGUUCACCUUAACCAACCGGCUCAAUUUAAACAAUUUAAUUACCGAGAAAACUAUCACAAUAUCAAAAAAUUGGAUUUUUUUUUUAAAAGCAAAUUUCAGAAAAAACUAAAAGUUAAAAGGGUUAGAGGAUAUGUCUGUAGUACCUCCUCCUAUACCUUCACCUUCAUCAAUACCCUCUGUCAAUAGUCAUCAUCAAUCACAACCACAUUCACCUUCACCUUCUCAAUCACAACCGAAAUCUCACCCUCACCCUCAUCAUCAUCAUCAACCUUCCCAACUUCCUCCCAUCAUGAAACCUUCUACUCCUGAACCCACUAGACCAACCAAUACCGUCACCAAUAUCUCUAGUGGUUCAGGUAGUACAAGCGCCAGUGCCAGUGCUUCAUCAGGUAAAAGUCAAACUGUAUUCAUCCAUAAAUUAUAUGAUAUGCUUCAUGAUGAUUCUAUAUCUCAUUUGAUUUGGUGGUCAAAUACUUUGGAUUCAUUUUAUUUAUUACCAGGGGAAGAAUUUAGCAAAGUUUUAGCUCAAUAUUUUAAACAUACUAAUAUUGCUAGUUUUAUAAGACAAUUAAAUAUGUAUGGAUUUCAUAAAGUUAAUGAUACUUUUCAAAAUAAUCAAAAUGAUGAUAAUGGAACAGUUCAAUCUCAAUCUCAACCUCAACAACCUCAUGAUCAACAAUCUACAAAUUCAAGUAAAUGGGAAUUCAAACAUUCUACUAAUCAAUUUAGAAAAGGAGAUAUUGAAUCUUUGAAAUUAAUUAAGAGAAGAUCUUCUAAAAAUAUAAAUUCUCAUAAAGAAAUUGUCAAUUUGAAAUCAUUACCCCCAACUUCAAACCCCAUGCUUCUCCAACAACAACAACAGCAACAAGCUCAACAACAACAACAACAGCAGCAACAACAACAACAACAACAGUAUGGUAACUAUUAUCACCAACCUUAUAGUGAUGAUGAAUCAUCCACUAUGGGAAGUCGUCAUGGUUCAACAGAUAACUUACAUCAACAAUAUCAUCAAUCUUUACAAUUACAUCAACAAUCUUUAUUAAUAAAUAAUAAUGGUACUAAUAAUAUCCCUCAACCAUCAGGUGGUUUACAAAUAUCUUCUAAUAAUUCAACUCCAUUACAUCCUCCAUCAGCUCCUCAUACUCCAAUACCUCAUCAAUUACAAAUUCCAAUCCCCGUAUCGCCUCAUAUGGUAAUGGGUCCAAUACAACAAAUGCCUCCAUCUCAAGUUCAUACUCCUUUAAUCCAACCUCAACCCCAAUUAGCUAUCGUCCAACCAAUACCGUCAACUAACAACAACAAUAACAAUAAUCAAAAUCAAAGUCAAAAUCAGCAUCCACAUCAACAACCUCCACCAUUAGUGUCAAACCCCUCUUUUGAAAAUUCAAUUAAUUUUAAAUUUAUUGAAUUAAAUAAUCAAGUAAAUUAUCUUAAAUCAGAAUUAAAUUCAGUCAAUCAUAAAUAUGAUUCAUUAAAUCUGGAACUUUUAAGAAAUCAAUCUGAUAUUGUUCAAUUAUUAGAAGUGGUUGAAAGUUAUUUAAUGAAAAAAGAUGCGGCUGCUAUAACUAUCGAAGAUGAAAAUGAAUCAGAUGCAAUUAAAUUAGAAGGAGAAAGAAUGGCUAAUAAUAGAACUCCAAUUAAUAAAUCAAAUGUUAAUGAUGAUUCAUCUACAUCUCCUAUGACGGUAGUUAAUAAAUCCAAAAAUGUGGCGGUAUCAACUGGAAGUUCAAAUAGUUCAAGUUUACAAAAGGAUAUUUCUUCAUUUAAAUCGGUUUUAUUACAACGUUUAAAAAGUAAUACAUCCAUUCAACAAGCUCAACAAUCUCAAUCUCAACAACAACAAUCUUCUUCAACUUAUCAUUUGAAUAAUACUUCAACUACAAAUUCAAGAAACCCUUCUAAUUCAAACAUUCAUAUUGUUCCUCAACAUUACCCUUUAAAUCCUCAUUAUACCAUAUAUAACUCUCCAAAUGAAGUUCCUGCUUCAUUCAGAAAGUUUACCAAUAAUCCAACUACUGCUAAUCAAGCUGCUAUUUCCUCAUCUUCUCAAGCUGAUGAAUCGGCUAAUGCUCCUGCUGCUAAUAAUUCAAAUCGUCAUUUAUCGGUAUUGAUGGAUCCUUUACAACCAAUCCCAUCUCGUAGUACCAAAUUAUUAUUUGAUGAUCAUCAUCAUCCACCUCAACAACAACAACAACAAUCACAUCUUUUACAUCAACAAUAUGGUUCAUCCGCUUCAACCGGAUCGAAUUUUAGAUUAAGAGCCGAAUCAAAAAGUUAUAGUCCUUUAACUAUUGGAGGAGCUUCAUCCAAUGUUAAUCCAAAUCAAUCUAAUACUUUACCACCUCCAAUUCAAUCAUCUCCUCAACAAUCUUCCGGUAGAUCGUCUUAUGGAAAUUUAAAUGAUACUACUAAAAAAUCAAAUACUUCAAGAUCUUCAUCGUUGAUAAGUAAUAGUAAUAAUGCUGCCGAAUUAGCUUCAAAAUUCCCUCCUCCAUCUUCAUCUGUUAUUCAACAAUAUCCUUUCCCAAAUAUGAAUAACAACAAUGAAGAUCAUGGUCCUGGAUCUACUACUUUACCGCCAUUUUCUCAUCCUCAAGGUCAUGCUCAACCACCUCAAUUACCACCAUCUCAUCAUCGUAUUUCAAAUACUCGUACUAAUUCGUUACCUAACCCCCCACUUGAAUCAACCUCUUCAUUGAGUACUGGUUCAAAUUCUUCGAAUGUGGUUGCUGCUUCUCCUCCAAGUUCUAUUCCUUCUUAUUAUAAUCAAAGAAAUUCAUUUACUUCAAUGUAUGAAUCAUCAUCAAAUUUUUCUAAUGGUCCAACUUCUCAUUUACCUCCUCCAACUUUAAAUAAACCAUCAACUUCUACUACUACACCUUCUUCUACUAGUAAAGAUUUAUCAAGAUUGAUUUCAAGUAAUGGUGAUGCUAAUAGUUCAUCAUCAAAGAAUCAGUUACCUUCUGUUAGGGAAUUAGAUAAAUCGAUUAAAAUCACUAGAACUUCUUCAUCAACUUCUUUAAGUGGGUCUAACACAGGUUCCAAUAGUGCAUUAGUUACAGCUUCAACUUCAUUGACUACUUCAAAUGUUAGUGCCUUACCUUCCAUGUCAUCAAUGUUACAAAAAUCAAAUGACAAUAAUGAUGAAGAUAGGGAUAAUCUUGAUGAUGAAAAUAGAAAAAGAAGAAAAAUCUUAAACUAAUUCAGUCAGGGGGAAAAUGACAUCUUUCUAUUUUAAAAAAACUAAAAACGUAAUUAUCAUUCGGUAUAUUCGGUAUAUGCUUUCUUUUUCAUUAGUUUUCCAAAAAAAUAGUUUUGCCUAUGCUUUUGCUUCUUAAUUCUUAUUCUUUAUUUCUUGUUUUGAAAAUCUUCUUCUUCCCUCCCAAACUUGUAUUAAUACAAUUUGUAUGUUUAUUUGUUCUUAUAUUAUUCUUGGCUCCUCCUUCUUACUUGUUAUUAUAAAUACAAUUGGUGUGUUUUAAACACUUUCCUUAUUAUUUACUUUCUUCUUCAGUUCAUUUCUUUUAUAAAUAUACUUGUAUAAAUUUUGUAUAAAUAUAAACAAUAUAAACUUUA